AUGUUCACUUCUAAGCCUGCUUUCAGAAUCAAGAAGAAGACCUCCAAAUCAUAUAGAAAAACAGUUAUUUCAAAAGUGGAAGGUAAUGGCAUAGUGAAACGAAUAAGUCCAAGUUGUUUCAAUGUUAUCCGGCCACUUAAGAAGGAUAUUCAAAUUCCUGCACCUGCAUCUCGAUUUUUAAAAAAGAUUCAAAUACAUAGAAUAUCAUCUGGAAACCAAACCACUCAAUGUCGACAGUUGAGUAAAGCUUCCAUAAAAUCAUCAAAGAAGCAUAUAAACUCUUUUAUGGCAUUUAGAGCUUACUAUUCUCAGUUUGGCUCCGGUGUCAAGCAAAAUAUCUUGUCUUCUUUACUUUCUGAAGAAUGGCACGCGGACAAAAUGCAGCACGGAAUAUGGGACUACUUCGCGCAACAGUAUAAUUUUAUAAACCCUGGUUUUGGUUUUGUAGAGUGGUUGACGAAUAAUUAUGCUGAAGUACGUGGUGACGGAUAUUGGGAAGAUGUGUUUGUACAUUUGGCCUUAUAG